GUACUUCGGGAACUAAGAUCUAACCAGGAGCGCCCUGACCCCGGUUAUUAUCCGCAAGGUCUUCAAAUCACGAGUCGAUUUAGCCAACAUGUCCACCAAUCGCCGUGACACUUCUUUAACGAAGGUAAUUUGCUAUUAUUUGUAAAUUGGCGUCUUGCGACGUCCGCUGAUGCCUGUCCGCUCCGCAGUCGGGAGCACGGGACCCUCUUGGCCUCCCGCUGCCACCGAGCCACAUCGCAAUCCUUAAAUAAAUAACCGUCACAGACGACAACCUUUCCGGCGAUCCAUGCGCCAGUCGAUAAGAUAUAGCUCGCGUACCAACACAGAAACUGAGUUAUGAAAAUGUGAAAACGUGUGCACUAGAUAUGGCUAAGUCGUGUGAUGACAUCUCCAAGAAGCACAGCGAAGACGAUACCAGCAUGGACGACGACAGCGAGAAGGAUCCGGGAUGCUUUCGGAGGCUUAUUCUCUCCUUGCGGAUAAAUCCCAACCUUAUUAUGUUGAAAGUGACUCUUUUUGUGAUGUACGGCGCAACUGCAUCUCUUCUUCCGUAUCUGACUAUACAUAUGCAAAGUAUAGGUUUGACCGUGCCAGAAAUUUCUUUUGUGUAUUUAGCAUUACCGUUUACUACAUUUUUAAGCCCUCCGAUAACUGGAUUUUUAGUGGAUCGUUUCGGAGAAUAUAAGCCAGUUGUAAUAACGGCCCUUAUUUUGAAUGCUGCUUUUCAUCAUUCGCUACUCUUGAUACCUCAUCAAGAAACUCCUGGAGUGAUGCCGUCCGCAUACGUAAUGAGACAUCCGAUUAAAGAAACCGUUGAGAUUUGGUGGAGUCCAUGUCCGAGUAGAGAAUGUCCAGACGAAGAUGAACAAGUGGAUUUCGUACUAGAUCGAUGUCUAGAUCACUGUAUGAUAACGGAGACGAGUCCCACCAGCGCACCAACAGAUGUCAAGAACGAAAUAGAUUUUCCAAUCGCACACAAAAUUCAUCCACCGAACUUAUCCAAUACCAGUUAUCUAAAUUCAACCGAUGAUGAAGAAUAUAACGAUGCAGCCUUUUUCCUCAUCGAAGUCCAUGAUGACUUGGGAGAGCCCAAAGAACAACUUGGCAUAGAAAUGGAACGGGAUGACAAUGACACUGUUACCGACUUUAGAUCAAGAUUUGGGGAAAAACUACUUCUCUCACAACGGGUUAACAUAACAGCUCUCGAUAAAGAAGAUUUGAGAUGCGGCGGCCUCGUUAUGUUACACAAUAUGACAAAGCUUUCAAAGCAAAGACUAGAAAAUCUCUCAGCAGAUUGUAUGGUACAAAAAUGUGAAUUCAGAAAAGGCGGUCCGGAUGUUUGCCCUCCCGACUAUAAGGAGAGCGAUGAUAAAACUUUCUACAUAUACUUUUUCUUACGUUUUAUGGGCACGAUUAUGUUAUCUGCUGGUGUGACUAUAAUGGAUCCAAUAGCUCUGACAAUGAUACAGAAGUACGGUGGUGAUUUUGGCCGAGAAAGGUUGUUUUCUAGCAUUGGCAUGGCGAUAUUUUCACCUAUCACUGGUAUGCUUAUAGAUAUGAGGAGUAAACAAGUCGGUUAUACUGAUUAUUCGGCUGCAUUCUAUACAUAUGAUGUAUUAUUAUUAAUAUCAGCAGUGACGGUUGCUGCUAUGCCCUUGGGGGCGAAAUUGCCUGCGGACAACUUGUUGCACGAUCUUGUUAAUAUAAUCAAGAUGCCUCAUAUAAUCAUAUUCAUAUUUUUCCUAUUCGCUCUCGGAAACUUCUGGGGCUUCAUAGAGUCGUAUUUGUUUUUAUAUUUAAAGGAAUUGGGGGCGCCUAACUUUUUACUUGGUAUAACAGUGACGGUGGGAACACUCAGCAGCAUCCCGUUCCUGUAUGGCGCGGACGCGAUCACCUCCAGGAUUGGUCAUGUGAAUGUCAUCGUCGUUGCAUUCUUUUCCCACGCGGCGAGACUCGUGGGCUACUCAUUUAUUGAAGAUUCUUGGUGGUGUUUUCCCUUCGAAGCCAUGGAGUCUUUGUCAGUGCAUCUGAUGUGGGUGGCAGCAGCUACGUAUUGCGCGAUGUUGGCUCCAAAGAGUUUAUUGGCUACGCUUAUAGGUGUUCUUGGGAUGGCGCAUUUUAGUCUUGGACGAGGCAGUGGAAGCUUCGGUGGUGGUCUACUUAUAGCAUCUUUGGGUACACGUGAGGCCUUCCGGUACAUGGGCUUGAUAGCUUUCCUCGGUGGUGUAUUGUAUGGGUUGCUGCAUUAUUUCUGGCUACGAAACAUAAACAUGAAGGGAAUACCGGAUAUUUCUGAACCAGAUACAGAAAGUGGUGAAGGAGACAAGCUGAACGGUGAACCGCUUCGCAAGGACGCUGAAACAAUGGUGUCGCUGGAAAGACUCCACAUGAUCACUCGUUUCAACCCGCUUGGCUCACUGCAUUCCUUGUCCAGAGGAUCUCGUGCUAGGCUCUCUCAGGGAGACAUCAAUGAACUAUGCAGAAGUAGAAGUGGAAGCAACAGCCAAAGACGCUGCAGCAAUAUUGAGAUAUCGCCAAAGACACCCCAGGGUUCUGCUUCCAAGGUGGACCUGCUGCGUUCAGCGCUUGAGAUAACGCACCAGCAGGCCAAGGGACAUAUUUCUAACCCUGUUCUGUCGAAUAGAACUACGCACCAUCCUUAUAAGCUAGCCAAUAGUGCACCAAAGCUCACCCAACGGAACAACAUAUCCCAGCCAGCUCUUGCCGAAUUCGAUUCCCGACGUCGCGACUCAAUACCCGAAGAGGCAGAAGAAGACAAGCUAGUAACAACAAAAAAUUUAAAAACUAAAAGCGGAAGCAUCCCGCCUCCCCCCACUUACGACGAAGCUACCCGUGAUAAGAGGAAAAGUUGGCACUCUGAUGAUAGCACUCCCACUUAGCGGCCGCUCUAAGGUGGUUAACACUAUAUAAUAGAUAGAUAUAUUAUCAAUUUAUGGAGAACACAAUAAUGAUAAUAUUUAAUAGCAAUAAGCAAAUAAAGAUGUACAUUGUAUAGGAAAGAAUAUUGAUAAAUAGAAGGAAAUUGGAAGAGAUCUUGGGUCAACAUAAAUAUCAGUGUCAUAAGACAUCGACGCAGAUUAAGAUGUCAACAUUGAUUAAGGACACAAAAGUAGGAACUAUGAUACAAUGGAAGAUGUUUCGGUAAUAUAAAGCAAUGUUAGUUAAUCAGAAGUAUUUUUUAUAUGAUAACUAUAGAUCAGAUUUGUAAAUUUUGAGAUCAUAUAUCUUACGGACAUACAUUUAUCAAUAUACAGUUUUAUUUCGCUAGUGGUCACUUUUCUUUCAAACAAUUUUUUUGUAAGUCAUAGCGGGCAACUGAGCUGGUGGUUCGCCUGACGGUAAGCGAUUACCGCCGCCCAGGGACAUUUGCAGAGGCUCAGACCUCUGCGAAUGUGCUGCCCGCUUUUAAGGGACUGCAAAAAAGGAAUGGUCCGGGAAGGGAAAGGAAAAGGAAAAAAACACAAUAGCACGUUAUUAUUUCACGCCGGUUUUCUGUGGGGGUGUGGUACUUCCCCGAUGCGAGUUGGCCCAUUUCGUGCCGAACCAUGCUCGACUCCCACAAUAGACUUACCUACGGUUAUUAACAGCUAGUUUUGGAGUCUAUUUUCUAAUAAUUUUAAACGCGUAUCCAUAAUGGACGAAUGUAAAUUUAUAUUAUAAGUAAUUUAUUUAUAUCAAAUAUUAUAAAGCGGAAUAAUUUGUAUUUUUAUUUGUUUGUAAUAGAUAAACUCAAAAACUACUGGACCGAUUUUAAAAAUUCUUUCCAUCAUUAGAAAGUUGCUUCACUGAGUGACAUAGGCUAUACAUGUACCAUGAGGAAAGCUAGGGAGAACAACUAGUUCAUAUUUAAGUUUAAAUUUGCUAGACUUAUAAAUCUCUAAGUUUUGUACAUGUUUUACAUUAGUCAACUCACGAUUUUGUUGAUUCUGAUUAUACAAAAUGCAUCACCUAGUUGUUCAUCAUCACUGUAGCAAGUAGCAACAUAUCUCUCUUCAUUAUCAUAAGAUUUGCGGAUAGUAAUUAUAGCUAUACCUACCUAAAUAUCCUUAACAAAAUAUAGUUGUAACCACCUUUUAGUAAUAGUUAAAGUAAUUGUUAAGUUUAAUUUUAUUGAAUAUGUUAUCGUUGCUUUUAUUAAAAGACUUUUUAAAUA